UUUCAAAUUAUUCUUUAAUUUAGAUAUCAGAUUCUUUUGAAUUUUAUAUGUUUCAUUUUGCGAUAUAUGGGUUAAAGUUGACCUCUGAUGAUAUUUCUAAUGGCAAUAAUGAUUCUAAUCAAGUAUCAGUGUACAAGUUGUUGUGCUUAGAUUAUCUUAAUUUUUUUUUGCCAUUAGAUAAUUCAGCUUCUUUGAUUUUACCUCAAAUUCAGUUUAAUGUUCUAUCACCAAUUCCUAAUCAAAAACAAAAUACUACUACAAGUAAAUUUUUGAACUUCAUAAAAAAGGAUGUUGCCGCUAAUGAUUUAUUAAGUGAUAACAUUUUAAGUUCAUAUUGGAUGUUGACAUCAGAAGCAACGUGGCGUAGUGAAGUAGUAGCAUUUUUUUUUGCUGAUAUUUGGUUAAAUUGUAACGUAUUAACUAAUGUAAGUACAUCAUAUUUGCUGCUUUUUUGUGGUUUAUACAAUUUACAAUACUCAAAACUUGCAUAACACAUCGGUGGUUGUGAUUUUAAUGCCGUGACCACACUUCAACGCAUUUAAACACCGCUCACUAACAUAUUUUCUAACAGAGAACCACAACUAUUUUUCUUUAUUUAGUUAUUAUUAUAAUAGUCAUUAUUUAAUACAUAAAAAGCUACAAAAUAUYAAUGGAUGUUGUGAUUAUUUCUUCAAAAUACCAAUUACAUAUGGUUAUUCACACUAUCUAACUGUUAAUUUUAUAAUACAUAUUUAUUCUUAAAUCAAACAUAUACAGACAUAUUUUUUGGUAAGUUUUUAACCCGGAUUUUCUUUGUUUCAGAUAACCUAAAGCCCCAAUUAGUCCAUAUUAAU